GUUAGGGAGAUCAUCAUUGACCAGCAACAAGAACAACAACACGAUAAUUAAUACGGGAUCAAACAAAUUGUAUCACUUCACCACCAUAAAAAAAGAAAAGAUGAAUCCUAGUGUUAUUGCUGAGAGAAUUGAUCGUACUACUUCAAUUCAUGGUUUGGAAUUGCAUGAUCCAUACUUUUGGUUGAGAGAAAAAACAAAUCCGAAAGUGAAAGAGUUUUUGGAAUCAGAGAAUGAAUUUUGCACUCAAAAGAUGAAUCACACUGAAAAUCUUCAAGAUGUAUUGUUUAAUGAAAUUAAGAAUAGAAUUAAGCAAACUGAUGAAAGUGUUCCAUAUCGUUAUAAGAAUUACAUGUACUAUUCCAAAACUGAAGAUGGAAAACAAUACUCAAUUUAUUGUAGAAAACCAGCAGCUGGAGGAGAGGAAGAAAUUUUGUUAGAUCAAAAUCAACUUGUUGAGGAAUUGAAAGUCCCAUUUUUGACAAUUGGCAUUUUCAAGGUUUCUCCAUGUGAACAAUUUUUAGCGUACUCUAUUGAUGUCGAUGGAUCUGAAUAUUAUGACUUGUAUAUUAAGGAUUUGAGAUGUGGAAAAUUAUUGAAAAAUAAGAUUGAUAGAUCUCAAAAAAGUGGGCGUUCUUUGGAAUUCAGCUCUGAUUCUAAAACCAUUGUCUUUACAACUUAUGAUCAUACACACAGACCAUACAGGGUUUAUAGAGCUAAUAUUGAUAUUGAUACUCUUGUAGAUGAGAGAUCACAAUGUGAGGAAAUUCUCGUUGAUAAUUGUGAACUUCUCUUCACUGAUGAAGAUGAAAAGUAUUUUGUGUCUGUGAGAAAGAGUCUUUCAGGUCAAUAUUUAUUCAUUGAAUCUUCUUCAAAUAUUACAUCAGAGUAUCACUAUUUGAAGAGUGAGGAUUUAAAGACUGGAACUUUCAAAUUAUUUGGUAAUAGACCUAGAAGAGAGGGUGUUGAAUUUUCAGUCUCACAUCAAGGUGAUUACUUUUAUAUUAUUCACAAUGAAGGUGAAAAUGUAAAUUUCAAAGUUGUCAGAACUCCUAUUUCAAAUCCAGACUUUGACAGUGCUGAGGAUUUCGUUCCAUACAAUGAAAAAUUCUAUUGUGAAUAUCUCAUUUCAUUCUCCAGCAAGAUUGCCUUGUUUGGUAGAGCAGAUGGUGUUCCAAAGUUGGUUAUUUUAGAUCCUUCUAAACAGUCUCCACCAAAGGUAUGUUUCUUUUCGAUUCGCGAAGUUGUAUUCCCAGAGCCAAGUUAUGAUUUGAGUGUCAGCCACAACAGAGAAUAUGAAACCUCAUUGGUCAGAAUUGAAUAUUCCUCCUUCUUAACUCCGCCAACAGUUUAUGACUAUGACAUGGAAAAUAAUGAGUUCAUUGUUUUGAAGCAAGAUGAAGUUCUUGGUGGAUUUGAUAAAAAUCAAUACAAACAAGAAAAGAUCGUGGCCAAGUCAAGAGAUGGUAAAACUGAAAUCCCAAUCAGCUUAGUCUACAAGAAGAAGGCAGGAGAUGAAUCAAUCGUUUUGGAUGGAACCAAUCCUCUCUUACUCUAUGCAUAUGGUUCUUAUGGAAGUUGUAUGGACGCUUACUUCUCCUAUUCUGUUAUCAGUCUCCUCGACAGAGGAAUGAUUUAUGCUAUUCCAGCUAUUAGAGGAGGUGCUGAAAAUGGAAGAAAAUGGUAUAAGGAUGGUAAAUUAUUGAAUAAGAAGAAUACUUUCUUUGAUUUUAUCGAUAGUGCUUCCCAUUUGAUUGAAAGUGGCUACACUAACAAGGAUCGUAUGUGUAUUUAUGGAGGUUCUGCAGGUGGACUUUUAAUUGGUGCUGUUGUAAACGAAAGACCUGAUUUAUUUAAGGCUGCCAUUUUGCAAGUACCUUUCGUUGAUGUUAUCAAUACCAUGUUGGACGAGACACUUCCACUCACAGUUACUGAGUUUGAUGAGUGGGGUAAUCCAAAAGAUAAGACCUAUUUUGACUAUAUGUACUCUUAUUCACCAUACGACAAUAUUGAUAGAGAUGAGAAUGUAGAUAAACAAUAUCCAGCCAUUUUAAUUGACCACGCUUUCAAUGAUACCAGAGUUAAUUACUGGGAAGGUGCUAAAUAUGUUGCUAGUAUGCGUCAUUUCUUUGCUACAAAGAAGAAUAAUCAAAAAACCAACUUGAUUUUAAUGAAGACAAAUAUGGAUCAAGGUCACGGAGGUAGCUCAGGAAGAUACAGUCGUUAUAAGGAAAUUGCUUUCAGAUAUGCCUUUAUCAUUGAUCAAUUAAUUGGAAAUUCUCAAUAAUUCAAUAGAUACUUUAUAGUUAACAAUCAGUAUGCUAUUGUUACAAAAUUAUGUAGUAAUAAAUAACAUUUUAAAUAUCAUUCAAAAAAA